AUGGCUUUCAAAAGCUCAUCAAUCUCCCUUCAAGUCAAAAGGCGAAAUAACUCAGCCUCUCAACAAUACACUACCUCAAUUUCAACCCCCAAUCUCUUCUUUCGCGGUUUCUGCUUCCACCCUACCCUCCAGAAAUACGUUUUCAUAGCCUAUGACGCUCCAGACUGGGGGAUAUCUCAAAGCAGCAAUCUCUCAAUAAAUGACGUCUCCUUCCUAGUCGCAUGCGUCAAGGCAAUCCUCACGCACUUCAAAAUAACCAUUUUCCACCUAAUAGGCCUUUCAAUGGGGAAUCUGGCACCAGAAGAUUGUAUCCUAAGUCGGCAGGUCUUCCAAUUUCCCUCUGAUGACCACACUGCUUUUCUAAAUGAGUCCGGCGAUCAUAUGUGGAGUUCUUCGGGAGCUCAUUGUGUGCUAGCACGUUGCCGCGCGGGUCAGAGCGAGUGCCAUACGGCCGAUUUUUAA